AUGUAUAUUGCUCAUGUUCGUCAUGGUAAAACAAUAUUAGCUGAUGAUUUACUUGCUUCAAAUGGAAUUAUUUCGACACGUUUGACUGAUAAUAAAAAAUAUUUGAUCAAUCUUAUUGAUACUCCGGGACAUGUAGAUUUUUCAUCGGAAGUUUCUACUGUAGUUCAACUUUGUGAUGGUGCAAUAAUUCUUGUCGAUGUUGUCGAAGGACUUCGUUCACAAACUUUAGCAACUCUUCGACAAGCUUGGCUUGAACAUCUACGUAUUAUUCUUGUUUUUAAUAAAAUUGAUCGUUUAUUUGUUGAACAUAAAUGGAGUCCACAUCAAGCUUAUGUGUGUAUUCAUGGUGUUCUUAAACAUAUAAAUGAUGUUGUUGCAAAACAAUUUACAUCAUUAUUAUUAGAAAAAGGUGCUGAACAAGAAGUUAUGGAAAAGGCAAAUAAUGAUGAUGGUGAUGAUAAUUGGACAAAAAAAUGA